AUGGCCUCUGCUUUGGAAUCAGAUUAUCAACACUCGUCCCAGUACGCUGCGGAACAAAGCCCUGACUACGGAGAGGCACCUUACACACCACCGCCACAAUAUUAUAUGAUCCCCAGUGGAGGGUGUGCUCAAGCUGUCCCAUUCGCUCCAUACUUUCCACAAAACCAUAUCCUCAACUCUAUACAACAUGUUACUAACGAAUACGACUGCUUUGUGAACGGCGUCGUCAGCGACGUAUUGAUCAGUGUUGAUGACGGAUCCGGCUAUAAACCACGAUACGACGAAAAGCUACUACACACGGGUCCUUACGCGGUCCCCCAGAGCAACCUGAUGUGGGGGUCAGACGUAUCCUUUGGGCCCAACGGCUACCACCCAAGCCCCCCUCCAGAAGUCCAGCUCGACAGAGAGCCAGCUCCUUUAUACGGAAUCCGUCCGUUACCACAACCUAUCCCGACGCCAACACCCAAGAUAGAACCCGAGCCGGAGCCGGAGCUCGAGCCCGAGAUGAUCCCACUAGACAGCCAGGAGCAGUCUCCCGAACUGGCGGAGCUGAACAGAGGAGGAAUGCAAAAGAUCACAGGAAAGAGGCGACGGAGACUACUGCAUAUCAUCGCCGAGCGGAAUCGACGGCUGCACCAGAAUAAGAUGUAUGAGGAGCUUUACAGAAUGGUUCCGGGGCUGGAGAACAGCUCACGGUCGACGAAGAGGGAGGUGUUGAUGCGGACUGCGGACUGGCUGGAGGACAUGGUCGAGGGGAACAAGAAGCUGCAACAGCAGCUAAAACAUCUCCCUCCACGCCGUUGA